GAGAGACCUGUCAGUGUCACCCGGCCUCCCUGGUCUUUCUUGUUCAGGGUAUCUGUCACUGGAAUGCUGCCUUACCUCUAUCUGGGAUGGCUGAGGAGGAGUGACUAACAACCUUUGCAGACAGAGCACAGCCUCAUACUGAGUCAAGGAGUUGUAGUUGUCUGUUCCUUCUGUCUGGAUGGUUUCAGAGUUUCACCAUCACUUCACAGUGAGAGUGAGUGUGUUUGAGAGAGAGAGAGUAAAUUAAUAACCUGACUGGCCCUUAUUGGACCUUAUUGUGGAUGCACUUUGGAGUUUUCUUUUGGUUCUAAAGAGUUCUCCUCUCAGUCACACUAGGCCCGUUGUAGAGCCAGUGCCUGGAUGUCUGGUGCCUCCAGCGGAGACAGGCAGGCCCUGCUUCAGGCCAUGCUGCAGAGGCUGAAGCUCCAGGCUGACCUCCAGGGAGGGUCUUUCCCAGCGAGCCCAGCCGCCCCCCACCAACAGACUCCUGGUCCCUACAGCAGAACAGCUCACAAUGGGUCGGGGAUCGCCCUGGUGGGCUCUCCUGGGAUGGGGCGAGGUGGGAGGAGCUGGGACUCAACGGAGGAGUUUAGGAAUCCAGUGCUGGACAGCAAUCUGGAUACCUCUGGGACCGGUGCAAAGGUCAACGGAGAACGAGGUCUGGUUCAUGGACCUCUAUCGGAUAACAGACAGGAAACAACUAUCCUCAAUUUGGCUACGGCAUUUUCCUCCACUUCCUGUAAGGACAACACUGCUGAUAGUUUGGUUGAAGGUCGUGGCUCGAGACCAACGGUCUCCUCUUCUGCGGUGAGUGGCGGUCUGUUUCCUGUCCACACCCAGAAGGAGGCUGAAGGCACUUCCUCUGCAAGAACAAAUGGAGGAAAGGAAGGAAAUGACAUUUCUGCAAUUGAAGAAAGUGUUAUUGAUGAUGCUAUGAGUGGUGCAGUAGGAGAUGACGGUUCUCUCGCGGGGAAUCCCACUUCUGCCUCUCAGUACCACAGGAACAGCCACAGCAGUGACCCAGGGGGGUUAGCUGGGUCUGGAGCCCUACUGUCACCCAUAGGGAGCCUGACCCGGGACACUUCUCCCUCCACACACCAGGGCUCCUCGCCUUGGCUCUCUGCACGGCCCUUAAAAGGUCAGAGCCCAGGAAGGGGAGAACCCCCCGCGGCACAUAAAGGGAAACCAGGGCCCCUGGCACUGAGCCACACCGGGGGGACUGGCCCCAACACGGCCGGCAGCCCUGUGGCACCACUGCAGAGGGACAGAGCAUCUGGGAGUAGAACUAAAAGAUGGACACAGAAGAUCAAGGAGAAGUUUAGGGAGAGGGGUGGGAGUCUGAAGAAAAGAAAAGAAGAAGCAGGCAGAGAAGAAGUAAAGGUGGAGGAAGAGGGCAAAAUUUCGACUCAUAAUGAGUAUCACAACACAAACGUCAUCAGCAGUGCGCCAAGCAGCACUGUGGAACCAACGAGCCAACCCACUGACCCAGUCUCUACAGACGUAGAGGACAGCACUGUGGACAUGAGAUCGAAUGACUUUAACAUCGGGCUGGGUUCCUUCAGCCUCCUGGAGGAGAUUCAAACCGGUCAAUACUGGGCCACCUUCCUGAGCCCCGCCCUGUCAGAGGGCUCCACCUAUCAGAGACCAGCACAACAGCACACUGGCCAAUCACAAAAUGCUGCCGUGACCGGACUCCAAGAAAACAACCAAUCAUCCGUAGGCAUCGACCUACUAGGGAACCCAGUUAUAGCUGUCAUGGCAACGUCUCCUGCGUACCUUCCGGUGCCCGUCACCAUGGACACCUCGGAACCGGACGGAUCUGGAGUGGUGAUGGAGCACGAGGCCAGAGCAGAACCAAUGGAACAACACGGUCAAUCAGAGCCCUCUGAAGAGCCCGGACCCACGCCAGGAGGCGGACCUCAGGUUCACUCACACUUUAUCAACAACGCAGGACUUGUGAACAACACGAUCCUGUUGAGCCAGAUCCGGAGCAGGAAGCGGGUCCACCGGCGGUCCCUGGAGCGAACAGGAAGCGGAGGGACAGGGAGCAGAGCCCAGUGA